AUGACAAUUUCACUCGUUCAGGUGACGUGAAGGAUUUGCUUAACAAAAUUUAUUAAUUAAACUGUUUACAAUGGAUAGUAAAGUGUCUUUGAAUGACAAGGAGAAUGUCAAUCCGGAAAGUAACGUUCAAGCUACAGCAGCACCGAAAAUCUACACCGUUGAAAUUCUUAAGCUUAUUAAAGAAAUGCAACAGCAACAUGGCUUGAGACACGGUGAUUUUCAACGCUACCGGGGAUAUUGCACGAGAAGAGUUAAGCGGUUAAGGAAAGCAUUGAAUAUACCGCAAGGAGAUCGACGGCACUUUAAAAAGAAGGAAGUAACUACAGGACACCUUGAAGGAAAGAAUUCCAGUGAGAAGUUCAUACAAAUUCCGUUAAUGUUAGCUGAAAGAGCAUGGGCUUAUGCCAUGCAGCUUCGUCAAGAAGCAAACAGUGAACCAAGAAAGAAAUUCCAUUUAAUUUCUAAAAUGAGGAAAGCUUGUGUGUAUUCAUUACAACUUCAAACAUUAAUUUGUAGUGAAUUUUGCGAUGCACGAUCAAAGCUCGAAGCUGAAGCUUAUAACGCUUGGAUCCAUGGAACUUUUCAUUUCGAGAUUAGUGAAUGGAAAGAAGCAGCUGAGAAUUUAAAAAAAUCUCAACUUGUCUAUGAGAAUUUAUUGCAAGCUCUUCCGGAAGAAGAACAAGGAAUCUACAAAGCAAAAAUAGAGGAAUUAAAUCCAAGUCUGCGUUAUUGCGCUUACAACAUCGGAGAAAGUGCGAACAUGAAUGACUUGAUGGAGAUGCGUGGGCAAGGAUUGCUCGAUAAUCUUGGUGCUCUUGUUGCACAAACAAAAACUGAACAAACGGAUGCAUUCCAAGCAACUGAAUGGCGUGGACGUAAAGUGACAGUUCGACCACAAAAAGUUCGUUUGUUUUUGUUGAGUAUUCAAGAUUUGGAUAAAUCAGUUGAGAAAGCGAAAGAACAUCAAGCAAAAAUUGACAUUCUUGAGAAUGCAUUGCUUGAUUGUAAAGAUGCCAUAUCAGCAUUGAAAGAUGAAAUCAAACAAGAUCCGAAACUUCGUGUUCCAACAUCUGACGGUCAAAUAUCUGGCAUUCAAUACUUGCUGACUUAUUUGUCUUACAGUCGAUUAAAGAUGACACUCGAACGUAACUUGUGUCUGGUUGCUCAGUCAAAGCAAAGCAUGAAAGAGUCGACUGAGAAGUCUAAUGAAGGAGGUAAACGUGUUCGUCCUCAAGAUAUUUCUCGAUUGUAUGAAAUUAUCCUUCAAAACAUCACUGAACUUCAACAAUUAAAUGGAUUGGAAAGUGAUGCUGAUUAUCAGAAAGAAAUGGAGACAUUAGGUCAAGCUUUUAAAGCCUUCAGAUGUUAUUACAUUGCUAUAACACUUGUGAACCUUAAACGUUGGAAAGAAGCUGUUUCAAUGUAUGAAAGAUCAACGAAAUAUGCUUCAGAAGCGAUCAAGUUUAAAGUAAAAGAAUUUAAUUUGAGUGACGAACUGAAAGCUUUAAUUAAAAAGAUUGAAGGAUCGAAGUUUUCAGCCCAUGCUUACAGUGUUCUUGAAACUGAUGGACAAGAAGAAACCGUUCUUUAUGGAAAAGCUCAAAAGUCUUCGAAGCCACUGUUUGAACGAUUGGACCAAUAUAAAGAGGAUCAAACAUUAAACUCGAGGAAUCCAAAUGUUUACAAAUUAACACCGGAAAUGGAAGCGAUUCCAUGCAAGCCUUUGUUCUUUGACCUUGCAUUGAAUUUCAUUGAAUUCCCAUCGCUUGAAGAUAAAGUCGAAUCACCAGGAAAGAAAAGUGGCGCACCUGGUGCUGGCAUUUCUGGAUUUGUUAAAGGCUUCCUUGGUUGGGGUGGUGAAAAGAAAUAAUUUUAAUUCUUUUAUCUGAUUUGUUAUUUGAAAGUUACAAUUUCAUGAUGGUGAGUUGAAAAUAAAAUAAAAUAAUUCUGUAAAAUGAUCUGAAAAUUUUAUUGCCGAUUCUUCUAUUCGAAUCAUCAUUGAAAAAUAAAUUUUUGAUCUACUUUUUGUGCUUCAGAAAACUUUUUUUAAUCCUGAAAAUAAACAAUGAAAAAUGCAA